GGAAAGCUUGCCAUAGACCAGACCAACUCCAGGGCAACAUGGCCAUCUACAGCUGUAAUAUAUUCCUUGCAAUAGCCAGAUCCAGGGGACCCCACCUGCUUGUACACUCCAGCUGCUCCCCCUUUCCCCCCUCCAUUGCAGUUGUUCAGCUGGUAGACUCCCACCUUAAUCGAACAUACCUGAAGGACUCCGAGUGCCAGCAGCUACUGUGCGGCACGCAGCAGGGCAUCGGACUACCUCACUCGCUAACGCAGCCCAUACGACUGCUUCACUCUUCGGCUUACAGGCACCAAGAGGCUCAGGACAAACCCCAGCUUAAGCAAAGCACUGAAAAGAAGGACACUGAGGUGGUCAGUGUUCCAGUCAAAGGCCCAGAGCCUGCUGCCCCCAAGAAAUCACUGCGGCAGAGGAUCGUGGAUGAACUGAAACACUACUAUAACGGGUUCCACUUGCUUUGGAUCGACACAAAAGUUGCUGCUAGGAUGGUGUGGAGACUGUUGCAUGGGCAGGUCCUCACCAGGAGAGAAAGGCGAAGGGUGAGCAGAGAUUAA